UGCCGAAAGUAUCACGCGUAAACGUUAUAUUAGCACGUGUAAAUUUACGAUGAUGUCUUUAUUGUGAACGCGGGGUUUUCUCGUAACCUUGACGAAAAUGCGCGGGCAGUAGUCGAGAGUCGAGAUUGUAAUUGAAUUCGUAAAGUAUAAACGGCCGACUGUAAAACAAUGUGAAACGAUCGUGACAACUAUCGUAGUGUUGCUAAUUGUUUUUUAAUUCAUGUGUUUCCUCUGUUUGUUUUUUUUUACUUCAACUAACUACAAUCAAUUCGCAUUGCGAUCAUGUCGUGGAAGAGAAGAAUUAAGGCAACGCCACAAGAACUUGCCUAUCGCGAGAAACAUUUUCAUGAUAUUAGAAUUAUCAGAGAUAAGCAAAUAGUGUGUACAGCCUGUGGCAAUGAAUUAAAUAUCGAGACAAAACAAAUCUUUUCUAAUCCUAUCAUUGGAAUACUGCUGUGUAAGGUAUGCUGGAAUCACUUGAAGAAUAUAGAUGCAAAAUUUGAUAAAGACGAAGCUAAAAGGUAUUGUUAUAUAUGUGGCGAGAGCAAGAAAUUAUACGUGAAAUUAUACGUGUGCUGUAAUAAAGACUGCUUUUCGGCAUUUUGUAAGGGAUGUAUAAAGAGGAAUGUGAACUCAUCACUGCUGGAUGCAGCAAAAAAAGACUGGAAAUGUUUUACAUGUAAUUCUAAACCAAUUUGGGACUUGAGAGGCAUAUGUGCUGCUGUAAUGGAUUCUCUUCCCAAAAAGGGUAACAAGAGAAGCAACAAGAUUGAAAAACGUAUAUUACCAUCUCAGGUACAACGAGUAGAGAAAACCAGAGAAGUGCAAAAAGUCUUGCAUUCAUUGUGCGACAGAGAGGAUGACGAUUCUUCCACAAAGUCAUUCGUUUCUGCAAGAUCCAUGCAGAAAGUAGAUACUAAAAAUCGUCAUACGAAUCACGAUACAAGUUCCAUUCGGCAGAAAACAACAAUGGAAAUUGAUCUAACAGAUUCAUCCAGCGAGAGUUCGUCUGUAUUCUCGAAUAAAAGAGAUAAACGAAGUAAAAGCGACAAAGAUAAAAAAGCGAAAUCCACACGAGAUUCUAGCGAUCGAAACGUGCAGAAAGAUUCAAGAUCCGUUAUAAAAGAAAGAACAUCAAAGAGACUUAUAAUAUCUAGUGAUUCGAUGGAUUCUACCGAUUCAUCGUCAAAAACGAUUACAGAAAAACGUACAAGUAAACGUAAUGUUAAGUCUGAAAAAAUAGUGAAACGUAAAACGAAUAGUAAUCGUAUACAUUCUUCUGAUAGUGAAAGUGACGAGAAUGAUACGAAAAGAGCGUCGAAUGUAUCCAAAAGAAUUUCAAAAGAUACUAUACAACAGAAUAAGAAAAUGGAUAAUUCUUAUAAUGCAAAGUCGAAGGAUAAAGCGAAGAGGUGUCAUGACUCGACUAGUGAAUCCGAGGAUGAAGAACGUAAAAGACGAAGUAGGAAGAAACGUUCGGAAACGAGUCUGACAUCACACGGUAGUAACGAUGAACGAAAACGUGACAAGUCGUCGAAUUCGCGGUUUUCUAAUAUUCAGAAAGAUGAUUCGGAUAAUAGUUCGAGUAAAGAAUUUCAGAAAAAAAAACUUCAAAAAGUGAAUCGCAAUAAGUUCUCUAGGAGGAAGUUGGUAGACUUAGAAAUAGAUCAUACUAAGUCACCCAGCGUGAAAAAUUCUGUGAAUGAAAAGAGCAAAAAGCAGAUCGACAAACAAGCGGAUCAGAAUUUUAAUGAUAUAAAAAAGAUUUUAAAGGACUGCAAAAAGAAAUGCUCAGACUUUCAGAUGUUUAUAGAAAGUAUAGAGCAUCUAUAUGGCAAAGAAGAUGAGUUACUUAUACUGAAGUCCGCAGAAAAAAUUGAUAACUUGAAAACGGUGUUGGAGGAAAAGCGAAAGGAUUUAACAACUUCUUAUCAGUUGUGGUCUAAGAAUAGGAAAAAAUCUGCUACGAAAAGGUACAAAGAAAUUAGCGAUGAUGAACAGUCUUCAGAAGAAUGUGAAAAACGCACGGUGGACGAGGAUAUACGCAUCUCCGGUGAUGAGCAGGGCAGAAAUAAGGCUGUGUCCGAAUGUGACAGCGAGGAAAUUUUUUCAGCGAACGAAACAAAAACAGGCAAGAAGCAGAAAAUGCAAGCAGCUCAGAGCAAAGCAAGUACAACAAGAACGAAAAAUAACAAUGGAACUAACAUCGAUGAGGAAGAAAAUAGAAUGUCAGUGGACGAGUCGAAGAAUAACGAUAAAGAUAACGUGGAUAUAAGGAAUGAUUUAGCCAUCUCUCCUGUAAUAGGUUCUUUAAAAGAGAAGAAGACCAGCACAGAACGAUCAAGUAAAAAGCAACUACUUUCAGAAUGCAAUAAGAAUAACAACAAGAUACAACCGACAGAUGAAAAUACUAAUACUAACGCUAAGGCAAGUUUGAAUACUGAUAUUUAUAACGACGAAACUGAAAUUGAAGAUUCUCCUUCGAGAGAUAACUGCAAGGUAAGGACAUUGGAAAAUGAUGAAGUAGGUCAAUCAAGCAAAAGAAAUAUAAUCAACGAGUCAACAGAUUUGUUCGACACAUCUUUUGAAGAUGCAGGAGAGAACAGAACGGAAGUCGAAAUAGAAACAAAUUGUGACAAAGAAAAGCUUUUGCAUACAUCUAAAGAUAAAUUUUCAGAUCUUUGCAAAGAUCCCUUGAAAGAUAAAGUUCCAGACGAAGAAGAGAGGGCAUCUCUUUUGUCUUAUAACAUGGGAGAAGAGGAAGAUUUAUCAAAUCGAAUUGCUCAGGAGAAAAUGACACCUUCAGUCACUAAGGAAGCUUAUGAUGACUCAAAAACAAACGGAAAAACGAACACCGACAAUGAAUCUCUCGAUGACGCUGAAGCAUUGGCAAAGAAAGCUCUGCUGGCAACAGAUUCUGACACGUCCGACACAUUGCCCGAUAAAAACGUAGCUAAACUAACUGAAGAUUUAAAAGUCACAAACGAUACUAAUCAAACUGAAAAGAAAACGGAAGAUGAUGAUUCUAAUAGCGUUAGUACAGUAAUGAUUAUAAAAGAGGCGAAUACCGAUGUAAAGGAUACUAUCACUGAUGAAGGCGAAACUAAAGUUGAAAAGAAAAGUGAUAAUCGAUUGGACAAGAAAUCUCGCAAAAAAAAGAGUUCUUCAGAUGAGGAUGCUAAGAUCGCCAAAGCAGAAAGAGCUGCCAAGCGAGCUCUCUUAGAAUCAAAUUCAGACGAUUCUACGCCCUUAUCAUCGGAGUCGGGAAAACUCACCUACAAGAAGUCUGAAUCAGAUUCUUCUGAAAAAAAUACCAAAGCGAAGCUGUCGCUCCUGGCAUCUUCCAGUGAAAUCUCCAGUCCCGAAAUGGCAAAUGUUUCGAAGAGCACUAAACGUUAUCAUGAGCCUGAGCCUGAUAGAGAAUCUGCAGUCACUAGGUUAAAGAAGAGAAGACUUAACCUCGACAAAAAUUACUACUACAAAAAUGAUAAGAAAUUGAGAAUGUCCUGCAAAGUUCAUUUAAAUCGAUUAAGCGCAGAAGUUCUUAAAUGCCAUUCACGUGCGUUAGGAAAGUCAACAGAGUAUCUGGAACAUAAGGCACUCAAAAGUCUUAUUAAUUUGGAUAAACUUGAAAAGAGCCGCAAGAAAAAUGCAAAGAAAGAUUCCGAUUCGUUGACGGAUGAUGAUUUGUCCUCAAAAAUUGCGAGAAGUUCAAAUAAGCAAAAGGAAAAAGCAAAAGCCAAACAGGAGUCUUUGAUGGAUCAUUUGAAAAGAAUAGAGAAUGACAAUAUCUCACCAACCAUAGAAAUGGAUUCUGAUACUGAUAUCGAAGAAUCAGCUCAUCAAAUAAGUAAAGUAAACGAUAUGCCUGUGUCUAAUGAAGCUCUAAUGUCAGAGGCAGAUAGAAUCGCGAAAGAGAAUCUAUUAAAUACCUCUGAUUCAAGCGAAAAAGAAGGAGCGGUGGACAGCGAUGAUAAUAUAAACAAUGAUGAUAGAGAUAAAACAGUAGAGAACAAGAAAAAGAAGCAUCAGAAGACUGAAGAGAAAACUUCAAAACAAGAUAGCAAGAAAGACAAAAGCGAUUGGAGGCGAGACAAGCUACUGACAAACAAAUUCUCCGAUACUGAUUCCGAAUCCGAGAGAGAAAAAUGGAAGAAGAAACAAGAAAAAAUUGCAAAUGAAUCGAAAGAAAAUAACAGCGAUUCUGAUGAAGAAAGAUUGAAAUCUAAGAAGAAGAAGAAGAAGAAGAAAGGUGCACGAAGAAUCUUAGAUUCGGAUUCAGAUGUCAAAAUAACGGAUGUAGAUUCUGACUCUUCUGAAGCUUCAAGUGCCAAACAGAAUUCAAGCGAUUCAGAAAGCGAUUUAAGAAGAGAAAAGGAGAAAUUAAGACGGAAGAGACGCAAACGCGGUGAUAGCAAUUCGUCGGAUACAGAUUCUUCGCUUACCGAGAAGAAAUCAAAACCGAAACGAAAGCGAAUCAAGAAAAUGGCGUCUGACAGUGAUAGUAGUAAUGCGGAAAUUAAGAACUCGCAAGGAUCCACGCCCGGUAAAAGUGGCCGGAAAAAUAUACGAAAAGUUUUGAAGGACAAGCAAGUGGCAGAAGAUACGAAACUAGCCGCUAAGGAAGAGGAGGAGAGACUUAAACGUAUCGCUGAACGUCAGGCUCUGUAUAACGAGAUGUAUGAGAUGAGACUCGCCGGCGAAGAGAAAGUGGACAAGCUCGUUUUAGACUUUGAUACAGAGACAAAGAAGGAGCUCGUUACUGUGCAUGAGGAAUUGGUGAAGCGUCUAAAGCCGCAUCAAGCGCAAGGCAUCAAAUUUAUGUGGGACGCUUGUUUCGAGUCUCUAGAAAGGGUGAAGACUACAUCUGGAUCUGGAUGUAUAAUCGCCCACUGCAUGGGCUUGGGCAAGACGUUACAGGUGAUUGCGCUGACACAUACGCUUCUCACUCACGAGGAGACGAACAUUAAGACAGUACUGAUAGUUUGUCCGCUAAGCACGGUGCUUAAUUGGCUAAAUGAGUACAAUACAUGGCUGAAGGAUUUGGAUGAUAUCGAGGUUUACGAACUGACAAAAUUUAAGAAGAAUUUUGAGAGGAAGUACCAGUUGCAGAGAUGGCAAAGAACCGGCGGUGUGAUGAUCAUUGGCUACGAAAUGUUCCGUAAUCUUACGGGUCCGAAUAAAAAUAUUCGGAAAGGCAUGAAAGAAGCGAUAUUAGAAUGCCUAGUUGAUCCGGGUGCCGAUCUUGUUGUCUGUGACGAAGGCCAUUUACUAAAAAACGAGGAUACUGCAUUAAGUAAAUGCAUGAGAAGCGUGAAAACUUUGAGACGCAUUGUACUUACUGGAACACCAUUACAGAACAAUUUAAUAGAAUAUCACUGCAUGGUGCAGUUCGUGAAACCGAAUCUGCUGGGUACGAAGAAAGAAUUUUUAAAUAGAUUUGUAAAUCCGAUAACAAACGGCCAGUUUGAUGAUUCCACCGCUUACGACGUUAAAUUAAUGAAAAAACGUGCGCACGUGUUGCACAAAAUGUUGGAGGGUAGUGUACAGAGAUUCGAUUACUCUGUGCUUACACCGUUCUUGCCGCCUAAACAAGAAUAUGUUAUUUUUGUCAGAUUGACAGAUACGCAAGUUAAAAUGUAUCAAUAUUACUUGGAGAAUCUUGCCAGACGUCAUGCUGGUGGUCAAGGAGGAACUCUCUUCGCGGAUUUCCAAGCGUUACAAAGGAUCUGGACGCAUCCCGUAGUCCUACGUCUGAACGCGGAGAAAAUAGAAAGGGCAAAUGAGAAAAAAGAACUUAGCGAGUCGGAGGGUUCGUUAAAAGAUUUUAUUAAUGACGACACUACCGAUAUAGAGACCAGCAUUAACAGCGAUUCGAGCAAUGAUAGUGACGUUCAGGCAGUGACGAUCGAUGAUGAUAAAAACGUUCCCAAACCUUCACGUAGAACGAGAAAUAAUCCUGUCGAAGAGGAACCCGAGGAAGAGCAUAAAGAAGAAAAUACAGAAUCAGAAUGGUGGACGCAGUUUGUGCAAUCCGAGCAUUUUGAAGAUAUGAGAGUGUCCGCUAAAUUGUUACUUCUCUUCGGAAUUCUAAAAGAAUGUGAACAGAUCGGUGAUAAAGUGCUCGUAUUCUCGCAAUCUCUGUAUUCUCUCACUUUAAUCGAGGAAUUUCUAAGAAGAAUAGACGAUCAGACUCAGAACGAUACGCACUAUGAAACCCUCGAUAAUCAUACCGGAAGUUGGUCUCUAGGGCUCGAUUACUUCCGACUGGACGGUCAGACCUCGCCCGAAAAUCGAAAUAUAUGGUGUAAGAUAUUUAACAAACCCACUAACACGAGAGCGAGAUUAUUCCUCAUAUCCACACGCGCUGGAGGAUUGGGAAUAAACUUAACUGCGGCGAACAGAGUAAUUAUAUUCGACGCCAGUUGGAAUCCCUCUCACGAUGUACAAAGCAUAUUUCGGAUAUACAGGUUUGGGCAAAAAAAACCGUGCUACGUAUAUCGAUUUCUCGCCGCGGGGACAAUGGAGGAGAAAAUUUACAAUCGCCAAGUUACGAAACUCUCGCUUUCUUGUCGCGUUGUGGACGAACAACAAAUUGAACGGCAUUACAGUAAUCACAAUCUAAACGAGUUGUACAUGUUCGAGGGAUAUAAUGAUGAAGAGAAACCUACGUUAAAUUUACCUAAAGAUAGACUACUAGCGGAGAUAUUUCUGAAGUUCAAGGAUUACGUAGAAAAUUACCACGAGCAUGAUUCUCUAUUGGAGAACAAGGCUGAAGAGGAAUUGAACGAAGAGGAACGCAAGCAGGCCUGGUUAGAAUAUGAAGAGGAGAAGAAGGGAAAACCGCCGAUGAUGAAUACAAUGCUAGUAAAUCCGAUGGCGAAUACAGCUUAUCAGAAUAAUAUGCUUUUACAGCAGUAUAAUAUGAUGAUGAAUUCUGUGAUGCCUCAAAAUAUGCAGGUUGAGUAUGAAAAUCUCCAACAGCUUAUUCGCAAAGAUUAUCCUAAUGCGACGCCGGAGCAACAGAAAAUGAUAACGAAUCGAGCUUUAAUGGAAAUGUACAAUUAUUGGGAGAAACAAGCCACACUGUUCAAUAAGCAACCUACACAACCAAUACGAAAUCCAGUUAUGCCAAAUUUUCAGCAAAGACCACAAACUCCGAAUUUUCAACAAAGGCCCCAAGUCCCAAACAAUAGCAAUGUGCACGUAAAUCAACAAGCCACGCAGUUGAACCAAUUACUUUCGGGACAAUCGAUGAAUUACAUAAAUACGAAUAAACCUGUGCAGCCAAGCGGUGCACAGAUGGCAGAUUUACUUCCAAAUAUUACAUAUCGAAACACUCCAUCGGCUAAUAAUAUAAGCGGAAACACGGACCAAGAUAUAAUAGAGAUGAUCCCUAGUACGAGUAAUGCAGGUGUAACACGCCAGAGCGGAAUGAGUAGCGCACAAGUAGCUGCACAGCCGAUUGAUAACAGUAAAAUCCAGGAGGAGUAGACUUCGUACACGAAUAUUUUAUACGAAUUAUUUUACGCGGUAGUAUCGGUAGAUUGAUAUAUUUCUCGACUAGUUGUAAACUGAGAGAAAUGCCGUAUACGAAGAUAUUUACGUUUUCUUAUGUAACAUAAAAAAAUAAUAAUACUGUGUGUCAAGAUUAA